GUUGUAACCAUCCAUGGACUUCACGGCCACCGCGAGACAACUUGGCAAGCGCGUGACGAAUCGAAGCGAGAGAUGGUCCGUGGAAUAGAGGACUGGAAGUACGAACUGUGCAUCCGUUUGAUGAAUUAUGGUUACGAUGCUUUCAAGACGCUCUCGAAAGAGGUUAUCACUAAAGAGGCAUCAAAAUUGCUGCGUGCGGUUGCAGAGGCAAGGCAUGAGAAAGAUGAGGAUUCGUUCCGGCCGAUAGUCUUCGUGUGCCAUGAUAUCGGAGGCACGAUUGUCAAA